CAAUCUCAUCCCAACUUCAAACAUGCAAAAAAUCGUACUCUUCGCUUUCGCACUGGUGGCUAUUGCCGCAGCGGCUCCCCAAGACCCCAACCAGGCUUACAUACUCAAACAAGACUCUGAAGUUAACCCCGAUGGCUACCACUUCGAGUUCGAGACCAGUGAUGGUAUUUCUCGUCAGGAGCAAGGAACUCUGAAGCAGAUCACCGAGGAUCACCAGGGUAUCGAAGUACAAGGAACCUACAAGUACACCGCCCCCGAUGGUUUGGUCUACACCGUCACAUACACCGCUAACGAAAACGGUUUCCAGCCCCAGGAACACGUUGAACAGCCAGGACAAUAAGCAGUCACUAGUUAAUAUAUUUUUAGCUUUUAUGCGCAUUCACCAACGGCCGCGCUCCAAACAUCAUAGUAUUAUAAGCGUCUAAUGUUAUCAGGACGUUUGUUUGGCGCCUAUUAUUUAAUAGAA